GCGUAACACAUGUCGUCUGGUCAGUGGCAUGGUGACUGCAUGGUGUAGGGUGGUAAACUUUUGGUAGGAUAGUUGCCAUAUAAACCGGGGCUUUUUCUGCUAUAACUGCAGCAAAGUUGCAAACAGCCCACGCAGUUAGUUGCCAGGACAUCCUCCCCACAUUGAUGCCAGUAAACACCGACAAGCGGCCAGCCAUCAGUCAAUCCGUCAACCGCACUACUAAUUCUAGAGCUCCAUGGUACCGCCGCUUGUCCAACUGAAUCAUUUUCAUCAGUGUCACAGCAACAUCCACCAGCGACUCCAUCCGCGGCGCCAAACAAAUAGCGGGCAAAGGUUGUCGACAACGGCGGCUUGUGCAAAGCACCACUUGAUUUGCGCCCAACUCGCCUAGUUCGCACGAUCAAGUCCACGAACCACCAUUUCUAUUCGCUCAGCUCCGCCACUGAAGCUAGUUUGUGGAAGUAAAUCCGUCUAGUGUGUUGCAAAUUAUAUGCUGGUGUAGUACCAGCAGAGAUUAAAAAAAAACGACAUUGGGAUCAUAACGUUGCGGCCCCUACAAGGAAGGAGCCGACAGUCUGCAAAAAUGUCACCAUCACCGCAAACCCCACUGCAUUCACGCCACACAUCGGUAGCAGACUCCUUCUCCAUGUCGCCCUCGAUGGACCGGCGACAGUCCCGAUCUUCUUUCAACGAUGCACCCUUAACUCCACACCGCAACAACAGUUUCGGCACCGCCGACAACACGAUGGACUUGAGCGGAUUCGGCAGUGGCGGUCACAACAUGGCGGGCGGCGGCUCCGGGCUCGGCAACCUGGCCGACGAGCUGGCGGGUGCUUUCUCAGACGAAGAAGAGGACGACGACCCAUAUUACGACGACGCCGACAACUCUGCUAUCGGUAUCGCAGUCACUACAGACGAUGCCUUGCAUGCCACCCGAGACAGCGGAGUCGACAUAGCGAGCGCUGGCGGCCGGGGAGGAAAGAAAAUGAGCGGUGACGGGCUCGGUCUGCCAACACCAAGGGGCCAUCGGAGGAAAGGGAGCGAGUAUGAUGGCAGCGAAUAUGGGUCAGACUCGGACCUGGACUCGACGGAUAUGCCACCGAGUCUUAUCGCCAAGAUUGACGCAGUAGAGUCACUAGCAAGGAGGGGAACUGAGAGUAAUGGAGGCCCCACGGAUGGCGUCUUUCAGAGAGUGACGAACCUACUCCGGGACCUGGGCCCACAGGCCGGGGUAGAGGGUAGCACAACUAGGUUGAUUACAACCCACACAGCUCUAUCCUCGCACCUUCACCACCAAUCACGCCAGAUCCAAACCCUAAGCUACGCCCUUUUCGCGCCGACCUCAAUACCACCAGACGUCGAAACAGUAGAAGAGCUUAUUCCUCUUCUCGACGCCAUGUCGGAAAUUAUACCACGACCAGCCAUUGCGGCGCACGCCUCGCUGGCAUCACUGCACGCCGUCACGGCAGAUGUGGUGCAGACGCUCAACUACCUGUCAGACACGCUGGCCAUGUCGCGACAGACGACCAACACGGCCACGCGCCGGCUGCGCAGCGCCAAAGAGAUGGUGGCCGAGAUUCGCCGCGAGGACGACGAGCGGGAGGAGGCGGAGAUUUGGCUCACCAGACACAAGUGGGGCGAGAGGCUGGCCAGCCGAGAGUGUGCUGCCGUCUGCAAGGACGUCGUGGGCGGCUUCGAGGACGUGUGCAAUUCAUGGCGGGCCAGGAUACUGGCGCAGGCCGAGGCUGGCCCGGCAGCUGCCUAAGUGACAACUCCUGGACCGGCAGCUGGCUGGGUGGUUAUCUGAUUUGCCCUUGCAGGUGCGAAGCCACGCCGUUCUUGGGAAGCUACCGGUACAGUACAAAGAUGCGGAAUGCUUCUUAUUUCUUUGCUUCUUUGUUAUUUUGUCUCUCCUUUUUUCUUUGUUUUUCAUGGGGGAUGACUCUUUUUAUGCAUACCCACUUGCAGUUUCUUCUCUAUGUUAGUGCAUAAUCUUUUGACGCUACAGGACAUGGCAGAGGAAGCAUUGUGCCAACUCUGCUUUACUGUGAGCGACGAUCACGAUCGGCGUUUUUUUUGGGGGGAACAAAGAGAAAUAUAUAGAAAAAGGUCCAUGUUCCCAGGAUGAAUAUGGACACAUGAUAGGUUUUUCUCGGCAUAGAUUAUCAGUUGUGUUGACGUUGGAAAUGGCCGCUCUGGAGUCCAUUCCACGGAAUAUAAAUACCAGCAGUUCAAGUCAAUCUUAUUUCGCUUGGUUCUGGUAAUGCGCGGAAUCAAAAAGCAUCGCUAUGAAGUUUUAUACUGUCGAACCCUAGAAAAUCCACCCCAAAAAGAAAUCAUUAAUUUGCUAAA